AUGAAGUUCACCGAGGGAAUGUGGCGGUUGCGCGAAGGCAUCCGCAUCGACUGGAUGAGCAACGUCGAGCGAUACACCAUCAAAGACGAGAAAGUCGAUCUGCUGCUGAAUAAACUGCAGCGGGGGAGGGGCGAUACGCUGAAUUCUGCGACGAUUUCGGCGGAGGUCACGUCCCCGUUGGAGGGGGUGGUGGGGGUCAAGUUUGUGCAUUGGGCCGGCGGCCUCUCCCAAGGCCCGCACUUCCCCCUGACCACCUCCACCGGCCACGUGGAAAUCACCCCCUCGGCGACCUCGCUCGCCUACACCAGCGGCCCCCUAACCCUAACCAUCAACACCUCUCCCAACGACCUCACCUUCACCUACACCAGCCCACACAGUCCCACCCCGCACGCCCUCACCAGCCACACCUUCCGCUCGAUCGGCUACGUCAGCGACCAAACCACGCCCGCCUCCCUCUACAGCGACGGCAUGUUCAUGGAGCGCGCCGGCUACAUGCACUUCGGUCUGGACCUGCAACCGCACGAGAAACUCUACGGACUGGGCGAGCGCUUCGGCCCGUUCAUCAAGAACGGCCAGGCGGUGGACAUGUGGAACGAGGACGGGGGCACCUCCUCCGAGCUCGCGUACAAGAAUAUUCCCUUCUACAUGAGUUCGGGCGGGUACGGCGUGUUCGUGAAUGAUCCGGGCCGGGUGAGCUUCGAGCUGCAGUCGGAACGCACCACCCGGGUCAAUGUGUCGUUGGAGGGCGAGGAGGUGCAGUACUUUGUGGUUUUUGGGCCCUCCCCGAAGCAUAUCCUGGAUAGGUUUACCAGGUUGACGGGGAGGCCGAGUUUGGUGCCUGCGUGGAGUUAUGGGUUGUGGUUGACUACUAGCUUCACAACAAACUACUCCGAACAAACCGUGACCUCCUUCCUAGAUGGCUUCCGGGACCGCGACAUCCCACUCAGUGUCUUUCACUUCGACAGCUUCUGGAUGAAGUCGUACCAGUGGUGCGACUUCGAGUUCGACCCGGCGAUGUUCCCGGAUGCGGGGCGAUCACGUACCGACGGAAGAGUAUUCCAAUGGGACCUCUGGCAAGCCGGCAUGGCCAUCAUCGACUUCACCAACCCGGCCGCCUGCACGUGGUUCCAAAGCCACCUGCACCGACUGAUGUCACUCGGGAUCCACACCUUCAAGACGGACUUUGGCGAACGCAUCCCCUUCAAAAACAUCCUCUACCACACCUCGCCUCUCUCCCCGACCAAAAUGCACAACUACUACACCCACCUCUUCAACAGCCUCGUCUACACCACCCUACACACCCCCAACCCACUAACCCCGCCGCACCUCCCGGCCCCGGCCGCGGCCCCAGAAGCAGGAUCCUCGUUACUUUUCAGCAGGAGCGCGACAGUCGGCGCCCAGAAAUACCCCAUCCACUGGGCCGGCGACAGCGAGAGCACCUUCCCGGCCCUGGCGGAGGUCAUCCGCGGGGGGCUAAGCUUGGGAUUAUGCGGGGUGAUCUUCCACAGCAGUGACAUCGGUGGGUUCGAGGGCACGCCCUCCCCCGCCGUGUAUAAGCGGUGGGUGCAGUUCGGGCUCCUGUCUAGCCAUUCCCGGCUGCACGGGAGCAGCUCGUACCGCGUGCCGUGGAUAUAUGAUGAUGAUGAUGAAGAGAAGGAGAAUAGCUGUGUGGAUGUGUUGCGAAAGUGUGUGAGGAGGAAGCUUGCGUUGACGCCGUACGUGCUCGGCGUGGCGUUGGAGGGCGCCAGAACCGGCGUGCCCGUCAUGAGAGCCUUGUUGGUGGAGUUUCCCGCGGAUGAGGGCGUUUGGGGCGUCGAUGCCGGGUAUCUGCUCGGGCCUAAUUUGUUGGUGUUUCCGGUGUUGGAGGAGUCGGGGUGGGUGAGGUUUUAUGUUCCCAGGUCUACUGAUACGUCCGUUUCGGGGGAUGGGGAUGAGAAAGAGAAAGGGAAGUGGAUCUCCUGGUUCGAUCACAGCAAGUCCUACGAGGAGGGGAGGUGGUAUACCGAGACACACGGCUUCGAUACCCUCCCGCUGCUGAUCCGGCCGCGGUCGUUGACCUUGGUGAAUUGGAAGUUGUCCGAUCCGGAGGGGGAUCCGUUGGAUGGAUUGGAAGUGCUGGUGAAUGGCCCGGUCGAGGGUGAGGUGAAGCUGGAGGUGGUCGAUCCGGCGAGGACCGGGGUCGUGCUUGCUCUUGUGACGGUUAGCAGUGGAAAUGGAGAUGGGGAGGAUGGCGUCGUGGCGAGUGUGAGGAGGGGGGAGAAGGGGGACGGGGAGCUGGUGGAAGGGGCCGGGGUUAGGGUUGUUGUUGUUGGGGAUGUUUAG